AUGUGGGGUGGGUGGCUGCCAGCACUAGGGAGAAAGGGUGCAAGGUAUAUCCUCUUGAUUGAUGACAUAUGGUCUGUCGAAACAUGGGAGAACAUUAGAAAUUGGUUGCCGCAUGUAAAAGACAGUAAAGGCAGUAAAGUAAUUGUGACUAGCAGAUUUCAAGCUGUUGGUGCUGCGUGCUCAGGAAGAGAUGGAACUGAUCGUCUGCAUACCGUGAAUGUUCUUAGUGAGCCCAAGUCCAAAAGUCUAUUUGAUCAGGGUGUUUCUGAAUCCCAAAGCAACGGCAGCGAAAAAGAGAAGGUCCAUGAGGAGAUAUGGAAGUAUUGUGGGGGGCUGCCUUUGGCCAUAGUAACCAUGGCUGGCCUUGUGGCCUGCAAGGACCAAUCCAAAACCAACGACCAUUAUAGUAAACUUAACAAAUUAUUUCCAGAGCAGGUGGCUCGCCUUACCCUAGAAGAUGUCACAAAGAUACUCGAUUAUUGCUUCAAUGACUUGCCAGCAGAUCUCAAGACCUGCUCAUUGUACUUGAGCAUAUUUCCCAAAGGUUCAAAAAUUAGUAAGAAGCGUCUGACCAGGAGAUGGAUAUCUGAAUCUUUUGUCACUGAGAAGCAAGGGAAGAGUGCAGAGGAAGUUGCAGAAAUAUACUUUAAUCAACUCAUAAGAAGGAAGAUAAUACGUCCUGUGGAUCACAGCAGCAAUGGAAAUGUAAAAUCCUUUAAAGUUCAUGACAUGAUUCUUGAGUAUAUUGUGUCCAAGUCAAGCGAAGAGAACUUUAUUACUGUUGUUGGCGGCCAUUGGAUGAUGCCAACUCCUAGCAACAAAGUCCGUCGACUCUCCAUGCAAAGCAGUGGUUCCAAGGAUUGGAAUUCAACAAAAGGCAUGAACUUGUCUCAAGUGCGGUCACUGACAGUGUUUGGAAGCCAGAACGGACGACUUACUUUCCAUUCAUUCAAUAAUAGAAUAAUUCAAGUGCUGGACCUUGAGGGUUGGAAGGGUAUGAAAGAUAAAUAUCUGAAUGACAUAUGUAAAAUGCUAGUGCUCAAGUAUUUAAGCCUCCGACGAACAGAGGUUCAUGAGAUUCCAUCGAAGAUUGAGAAGCUCCAGUAUCUGGAAACUCUUGACAUAAGGGAGACACGAGUUGAGGUGCUUCCCAGAGCGUUUGGCCAGCUCAAACGUCUUCGUAGCUUGCUUGGAGGGAGUAAAAACCCAAAGAAGGCGUUGAAGUUGCCACUUGAGAAGAAUAAGGAGCCCAUGAAAGCACUUCGUGUACUGUCAGGGAUUGAGAUCAAUAAGGACUCAGCAGCUAUAGCAAGCCUUCAUCAGCUCACGGGGCUAAAAAAGCUUGCCAUUUACAAGCUUAACAUACAGGAGGGUGAUCAGCUAUUCAAACAAUUACUCUCCUCUAUUGAGUAUCUCUCUAGCUGUGGUCUGCAGAUUCUGGCAAUCAAUGAUGAGGGCUCUGACUUUAUCAACAAACUGGACUCCAUGUCCACUCUUCCAAGAUACCUCGUUGGGCUGGAGCUGUCUGGCAAGAUGGAAAAGCCACCCAAGUGGAUUGAAGAUCUCAAUAAUCUCUACAAGCUAACACUUUCAGUGACAGUUCUUCGAACCGAUACUUUCCAGCUCAUCAAGAACCUGCCCAAACUAUUCAGUCUCACCUUUACCCUCACUGCAGGGAAGGAUGAUCGAGACAUAGUGGACAUCCUUGAGGAAAAUAAACUGCUUACUGAUAGGGAGAUCAUUGUUCCACCUGGAGGAUUCGAGAGUCUAAAGCUGCUUCGCUUCUUUGCAACUCUCGUGCCAAGGCUGAGCUUUGCAGUUACAGAAGAAGACGUAAUGCCAGCACUUGAGAGGAUUGAUAUGAGAUUUCAAGCCUUCGAAGGGAUUUAUGGCAUUGAGACUCUUAAAAGUCUCCAGGAGUUGCAUCUCAGUGUUGGUAAUCAAGCAGAUGAAGUAACUAAGUUCUUGGUAGAAGAAUUGAAGGACAACGCCAACCGCAACUAUUUAGAUGACAAAUAUGCAACGAAGUGGCCAAAAAUAAUCAGUGAUUGA